AUGGCGUCGAAAAUUGAAAUUUUUAAUUUGGGUAAUUGGACGGAUAAUUUCGGUCUCGUUUUAAUCAACAAACCUUUUUACGAAAGGAGAAAUAAUUUAAAAGGGCAUAUUUUUAAUUCACUCAUUCGAAACGUAAGUUUUUUUUACGAAAUAUGGAAAGAACUUGAAAAAAGAUUAAAUUUUAAAACUCAUUUUCCGGAAGAAUAUUUUGAAGAGAAAACGAUGGUGGUAAAAAAUGCAUUUUUACAAAAUGGUUGCGAUUUUGCAUUGGGAAAAUUUACAUAUAAUAAUAAUGAUAUUAAUUUUAUGGAUUUUAGUCAACCGAUAAUCAAAUCAGAGUUUUUUGCUUUUGGACACAGGCACGGAAGUCGAUUAGAAUGGAAUAGUUAUUUAAAACCUUUUAGCAUCGAUACCUGGAUCGUUAAUCUCAUUUGGUUAUUUUCCUCAUCGUUAAUUUUAACCGUCUUAUACAGGUUCGCUUGGAAAUUUCAAACGUCCGAAACUCGGGAAAAUUUUUUUUCAUUUACUUUUUACGAAUCACUAUUGGUCGUUUUUCGUGCCGUUUGUUCGGAUUUAACACCAAAAUCUUAUUCCUGUCGUCUUUUUUUCUUAUCAAUUUAUUUAACGGCUUUGGUUUUAACAUCCGCCUUUUCCGCCGCUUUAUUUUCUCUACUAACAAUACCAAAACCUGAUUCGAACCUGAACGCAUUGAAUAAAUUGAUAAAUGAUAAGAGAUACGAUUUUGCAUUACCAUCCGAUUUAAAUAUCGAGAAUUUUUUAAAUUUAACAUCGUUCGAAUGGAAAGAAUCGAAACUCGAAGAAAAAUUAAAAAAAUCAAAUUUGAUCCGGGAUCGAUAUAUGUCGUCACGGGAAUGUUUACAAAAAUUAUGCAGGGAUGAAUUUUAUUUAUUCAUUUACGAUUUACCUAAAAUCCUUCACGAGAUGAAAUUUGUAUCGAAAUAUUGUAAAAAUAAUAUAAUACCGUUACGCGGUUCGUUUUUAACGGAAUAUUUGAGCAUAGGUUUUAAAAAGGGAAGCCCUUAUAAAAAAUUAAUAUCUAUACAGUGA